GCUACUCCCCGCUGCUGUGCCCACCGUGUAACCAAACAACCUCCAUACCAGUAUCUGUUGAAGCUCGAGCUUCAGCGGCCCGCAUGGAAACUCGACAGUCAUGAAGCUCUCAAGUGCAAAGCAUGCCAUCCUGGCACCAGCCCUAGUAUCCGCGGCAGCGCUCGCAAUGCCAGAACCCACACAACAUCUCGCAAUAGCAGUCGACAACUGGAGUCCUGCGCCGACAGCAGCACCGCAGUUCACCAUACUCGGUCGUGCGGCUCUGCAAGCAAACGAGGGCAACACGUGCGGCUUUGUCUCCGGGUUAUCGGCAUCUCCAGUGAGCUGUCCAAACUCUAACGCAGUAUGCGCAACAAAUACAUUCUACGGAGUUCAUGGAUGUUGCGACGCCGCCAACCUCUCCUCCUGCACCAUCGCCACAGCCUGCAUCCCCUCGACCGCCAUUCGCUCUUCCUGCACAGACUCCUCCUGUACCUCCGACUCCGCCAUCGCAAAAUGUACCGCCGGCACCGCAACAGAAUGCUACCAAUGGCUCUUCGCCUACGACACCACCACCAUGACCCAGCACGGCUGCGCUCCCUCCGCAUUCACCUCAACCGCCCAGCGCACCUACGGCCCUCUCUCCUCCUCCAUCCCAGUCAAAACAGUCACCGUCACCGCCUCUGCUUCCCCCGUAACAACAGCGCCCUCCGAACCCCCUUCGAGCCCCAAAAAACAGUCCCUUGGCCCCAUUGUCGGCGGCACAGUAGGUGGCUGCACCGUCAUCUCGCUCGUCGCCCUCGCCGCAUUCAUAAUUCACCGGCGCCGCCGCCGUGCGCGCGCUUCUGCCCCGCCGCCAAGUAUGUUCUCGCAUAAUAGCCCUUCCUUUGAUCCCAGAGGCUUCCCUGCCGAGUCGUGGAACGCGAAUGAUGUUAAAACGGGGCCUAGCGCGCCUUGUCUAGGUGUUGCGGAGGUGCAUGGACACGAUCGCGCGGUGGAAGUCGAGGCGAGGGAGAAGGUCAAAGGGCGCUGGUAUGUGCCGGGGCGGGGGGCGGUGGAGGUUGAGGGGCAGGGGAGGGAGAAGGGAGGGUGGGGGGUUGUGGAAGCGCCAUCAUGAGACGUUGCUCUGCCACAAGAUGUUUUGGUCCUGGCUUUGGCCUUUUCUGCUCCUGCGUUGUCGUUUCUCGCGUCGUUCCUGUUUCCUAGACACCGGUUUCUCGGUUCCUCGGUUCUGCAUACUCUAUACCCUCGCUUGCGCGUGCAUUGGGCGGCGUUUGGAAAAGCACACAGAAGCGGCAUGCUUCGUUUUUUCAUCGGUUCAGGAAAUCGCUGAUUGGCGAUCGGUUCGUUUGGCUCGAUCACGGGACCACAGAUACCAUGCGAGUAUAAAUAUCAGAUAU